CCUCAAAGUCAACAACAAGGCGGAGCGGCGGGAGCACGGCGGCGUCGCCAGGGGCCGGAGGAGCUGCGGCCGCGUUUCUCCGCAGUCACCGCGCAUCGCGUUACUGCUCGUUCGACGCGCGUUUUUUCUUCUGUAUUAUAUCGUGUGUUGUUUUCCUUUUCUCCCGUUGCUGGGCUUUUUACCGUUCGCAGUUCUCGCGCAAGCAAGGAAGGCGCGAGCGUGCAGGGAGGCUGCCGAGGCGAGGGGGGAACCCAUUGGCUGGUCUCCCCAUCACUGCCCGCCGCGCGUCAGGCUGAGUCACCACCGGAGAGUGGGAAGAACCGGAGAGAGAGAGCAAGAGCACGAGAGAGCGAGAGAGGGGGAAGCACGAGAGAAGUAACGGCCGCGAGAGUGAGAGAGACACCGGCACACAGCGCGUGAGAGACGGAGCAAGCUAGCGAGCAAGAGGGACCGCCCCAGCCAGCCAGCCAGCGAGCGAGCGAGGGAGGGAGAGAGACAGCCAAGCCGGGAGAGCUGACCCCCCCCCCCUCCCCCCCCGGCAGCGCCCCUCUCACCCCCAACUCCUCAGGAACCUGUUUGCCGGACCAGUGAGCUCGUCGUGGAGCCAUCAUGAGCGAUGUCACCAUUGUCAAAGAAGGCUGGGUGCAAAAAAGGGGAGAGUAUAUUAAGAACUGGAGGCCUCGCUAUUUCUUGUUGAAGACGGACGGCUCCUUCAUUGGGUACAAGGAGAAGCCUCAGGACGCAGACCUCCCUUAUCCUCUGAAUAACUUCUCAGUGGCGAAAUGCCAGCUGAUGAAAACCGAACGACCAAAGCCCAACACAUUCAUCAUCAGAUGUCUACAGUGGACUACGGUCAUCGAGCGGACCUUCCACGUGGACACGCCAGAGGAAAGGGACGAGUGGACGGAUGCCAUCCAGAUGGUGGCCGAUAAGCUCCAACGGCAGGAAGAGGAACGGAUUCAGUGCAGCCCCACGUCGCAGAUUGACAACAUUGGCGAGGAGGAGAUGGACACCUCCACCAGCCACCAUAAACGGAAGACAAUGAAUGACUUUGACUACUUAAAAUUGCUGGGAAAAGGCACUUUCGGGAAGGUCAUUCUGGUGAGGGAGAAGGCAAGUGGGAAAUAUUAUGCAAUGAAGAUUCUAAAGAAAGAAGUCAUUAUUGCAAAGGACGAAGUGGCUCACACACUCACAGAAAGCAGAGUAUUAAAAAACACCCGGCACCCUUUCCUAACUUCUUUAAAGUAUUCUUUCCAAACGAAGGAUCGCUUGUGUUUCGUAAUGGAGUACGUCAAUGGGGGCGAGCUGUUUUUCCAUUUGUCGAGAGAGCGGGUGUUCUCCGAGGACCGCACGCGCUUCUACGGCGCCGAGAUCGUCUCCGCCCUCGACUACCUGCACUCCGCCAAGAUCGUGUACCGGGACCUCAAGCUGGAGAACCUCAUGCUAGACAAGGACGGGCACAUCAAGAUCACAGACUUUGGGCUCUGCAAAGAGGGCAUCACCGACGCUGCUACCAUGAAGACGUUCUGUGGCACUCCUGAGUAUCUGGCUCCGGAGGUGCUGGAGGACAAUGACUACGGCCGGGCAGUGGACUGGUGGGGGCUCGGUGUGGUCAUGUACGAGAUGAUGUGCGGCCGACUGCCCUUCUACAACCAGGACCACGAGAAGCUGUUUGAGCUCAUCCUUAUGGAAGACAUAAAAUUCCCUCGAACCCUCUCGGCUGACGCAAAGUCACUGCUGUCUGGACUGCUUAUCAAGGACCCCAACAAACGGCUUGGCGGAGGUCCGGAUGAUGCGAAGGAAAUAAUGCGUCAUAGCUUCUUUGCCACGAUUGACUGGCAAGACGUCUAUGAUAAGAAGUUGAUACCUCCCUUCAAGCCUCAGGUGUCCUCGGAGACGGACACCCGGUAUUUCGAUGAAGAGUUCACAGCUCAGACGAUUACGAUUACUCCACCUGAGAAAUUUGACGAGGAUGGAAUGGAUUGCAUGGACAAUGAGCGACGGCCACACUUCCCUCAGUUCUCCUACUCCGCCAGCGGGCGGGAAUAAACACCAGUACUGCAUCACCAUCCUCAGCUAGCACUGGAAAUAUGAGGUCUUCAGCAUUUUUAGCCCAGCUCUGCCCCUAACCUGAGUUUGCCCCUGCCUUCUUUUUUCUCCCCUGGGGUCCUUAUUUAUUAUUCUAGAUGGGGAGGACCAUUCCAAGUAUUUAUUUGUUUUUGUUGUUUCGUUUUUUUUUUUUUUUUUGUAUCGGAACUUGGGAUUUUGCACGUAGGGUCAGGCUAAGGUUGGUCUGGCCCGCUUUAAAGGCCCCUUCAACGACACGGUUGGCUGCACAGGGCAAACAGUUUUUUUCUUUUUUCUUUUAAACUUAGAAUUUUGUUUGCAUUUGUUUGAGAGUCGUUCACAUUCCUCAUAGGGAACAAGAACAAAAACGCUGCCUUACUCGUGUUUUCAUUUCAGCAUUUGAGAAGCAGGCGUGGUGGUGGGUGGGGAAGGGGGGUGUUGUCAUCACUUGGCUCGUGAUUCACAGGAGCCCUUCAGCCCACAUUGCCGCUGCAGCUCACGCCUUCCUCGGCGGGCUCCGGCCGGGCCUUCCGCUCAGCUCGCGGGGUUGUCGGAGGCCUGAGCGCAAGAGCCCUUUCACGCUUGGAAAUCGAAACUGCCAUAAACGGUUCACUCAGGCUGCGCAGACACAGCGUCUGCACUCAACUCAGACACAGGUCACGCCCCCUCUAGGCCUCGACUACCGGGGGGGUGAACAGCACUGCUAACACUUUGGUCAAAUUCCGUACUCUCUCAUGGAUUACAGGCAGUUGUCGUACAUGUCUCUCCAAUGUCUUCUGUUGUCGCUACCAUUGACCUCAGGCUUUUAACGGUAGGCUGUCCGUGGGUGUAGUUUGUAGGUACGUGUCUGACUGUGUGUUUUCCGCGGCCAUUCGGUGAAAUCGGGUGCUGCGCUAAGGAUGAGCGUCCUCUGAAAAGGGUGCAACGGAGCGGUGGAUAACACAGUCCACAGCUGUGCCCAGGAAACCUCGACAUGCGACCGCGCUUGGGCGCGCCAGUGGCACGGCACCAGAUUUCACCGCCGCGUGGGCUGAAGGACCCUGUGUCCCGUGGUGGCGCCACAGCCGGGCCGUUGCAUCAAGGGUCUGCUUGAACCGUGGUCCGUUGCUAACGUUUCAGUGACGAGAACAAAGAGAAAGGAAAGGAAGCUUAGGUACGUAUCCUCCCGAGGCCCGAGAGAUCCACACUCGCUGCACAAGGUGUUAUUUUUAUAUAAAUGUAAGAAAUCGGGCCCACGGAAGAUACUUUUUCCCCUCCCUCUGGUGA